AUGUUAUCUAGAAUUGCAAGAAAUAGUUUGAGAGGAGUGCCCAUUUCCAGAAAUUCUGCAGGCAUUGCAAGAAUUACCGCAGUAUCGAGAAAAUACGCUAGUACUACUUCCAAUGACAAUGGAGCCACCGAAGUAUUCACAAAGUUGUCUGACUCAAAAGAUCCUAAAAGGACGCCCUUUUUUCAGUAUAGUUGGGGUUCAUGGUUGAAGAAUGACAAGUUAAUGAAAUUGCAACGUGAGACAGUAUUUUCAAUUGAAGGGUUGACGUCGUUUCUCAAUGAUUUAAAUAAAGUCAGAGUGGGUUCUAAGGAACUAACUGCACCAAAGGAGAACAAAGGAGCAUUUUUGUUGCAAAAUAACUUGACAGAUGAGCUAAUUGGUUCUAAAUCUGAUAAACUUGUUGUCAAUUCCAUUGCUUCCAUUCAUGAAGGAAAACACCAUAGAAUAUACAAGGUAACGUUAUCAACCGGUAAAGAAUUGGUAUUGAGAAUCCCUUACAAGAUAGAUUCAAAGGCAGCAAUCGCUUCCAGAAUCAAGAGUGAAGUGGCCACUUUAGACUUUUUAAAUUUGAAGUUGAAUUUAAGCGUCCCCAAAGUUAUCUCGUAUGGAGUGGAUACUGAGAAUGAGGUGGGCUCUCCAUUCAUUUUACAAGAAUUCAUUGAAGGUGAUUUGUUGAUGAAAAAGUGGCAUCCGUUAGACCCUGAUUCUAAGGAGACUGAUGAGAAAUUGAAACAAGUAAUUGAACCAAUUGCUAAGUUUCAAGACGAUAUUCUCAACAUCAAAUUCAAUAAAUUUGGUUCGUUGUACUUUUACAAUGAUGUUGCACCUACAUUACAAGCUGAAGAACCAUACAACGGCGAGGAGGACGAAAAGUUGUUAAUGAGAUGGAGAAUUGGUCCAAGUGUUGAGAGGCAAUUUUCCAAGGGUAAAAACAAGUUGUCGCAAAAGACAAUCGAUCAAUAUAAUGGACCCUGGGAUGCUUCCAAUCUGUUACAGGUGAUGGAAUCAGUUGCUGAUAUUGAGUUGGAAAACGCCAAGAACAAACUUGCAAUUGUCGAUGCCGAUGCUGGUGACGUAUCAGACAAACAGCUUUUGAAGGAUCAAAUAAAGACUUUUGAACAUUUGAAAACAAUAACUCCAAAGUUAUUGAACCCUCACUCAAAAUCUAUAAAAAAUGUUGAACAGUUAUUCGAACCAAAAUUGUUUGUCCCUGACUUGGACCCACUAAAUGUGAUUGAAUCUAAAAAGGGCAAUUACUUUAUCGAUUUCGAGAGUUCCACAAUCAAGCCAUUCAUCUUGACAAGUUAUCCAAACUUUGUCUCCUAUCAUGGAGCUAAAGUGUACAACUUAGAGGAAGAUAUUCCAGGAUUUGCCGAGAUGGAGCCAGCAGAAAAGCAGCAAUAUGAGUUUAUGUACUACAAAACAAGAAAUGAAAGACUUUGGGAAGUUGAGUUGAACAAAAACAGGCAUGAUUUGAUUGCCGUUGCAUCUCCACACUUGAAAGUCUUGAAAUCGCCAUACCUACAAGCCCUUGACUUGAAAACGCCAAAGGAUUACCUCUAUGUUGAAGGUUCUAUUAUCCAAUUGCAAGCCAUGUGGGAUGCCUAUGUUGCAAACGAAAUUGUCAACCAGGACCAAAAAGACCCAGAAUUUCCAAUCAAGUAUGAUGAGGAAUUUUUGGAUAAACAUCAACUGGAUUUGAGUGAUUAUCAGAUGGAGACAGUCUCUAGUCCAUUCAGUGCUACUGGUGGCUGGAUCCCUCAAGAUAUGUUUGAAACUUUGAAAAAACAGGGCAUCAUUGUUGAAACCAGUAAUGGCGAUUACAAAAUCGAAACUGAGAAGGUAUUGCAAAAUCCUCCAGAAGGUGCAGAAAAGGCAGAAUAG